AUGGAAGAGAGUGGGGAGGAAACACCAACAGAGCCAAGGCGCAUCGUCGGCGCACUCUCAGCCACAGCAAACAAGGCGGCGCUCGCAGCGCCCCUGGCGGCGGGCGCGCGCGAAACACCUGCGCAGCCAACAAGUGGCGCCGACUUCCACAAUGCGCGCCCCGCGCCACCUUUGCCCCCCCAACGCUACUUAGGCUACUGCAGCUUCGAGCUCUUCGGCCGCUCGCGCUCUGUUGGCGCGGAGCGAUGGGAAGAGAAGGGAAGGCCCCAAACUGCAGCGCUUGCUGGCGGAAAGAAAUGGCAUCGAAUGGAAUUACAGAAAAUUCUGACGAAGCGGCCAUUUUCUCCUUUUUUAAUAUCCUCCUUCGUAUGUAAGAUACUGAACUUCGCAUCUUAUAUCACAUUGCGUAGAGACUCUUUGAUUGUAAUACGACUAAUCGGUUUGAGGGAUGAAGAUGAAAAGGGAGGAGCUGUCAUUCGCCCACGUGGGAACCCCCAAAUGGAGUGGCUGGCGCGUGCGGCAGGCGCGCGUUGGAUUCCCUCGUCUGAGAGCGGAGCUGCUCUUUCGCUGCACGGAAAUAUUGCAGAGCCAGAGAGCCGAGAUAUUGUGGUAUAUAUUCAUAUUGGUGAUGAAUCUGUGAAUUAG